ACAACAACAAUAAUAAUAAUAAUCCAAUUCCUUUUUCUAAUUUAAACUUUCUUUUCUCAAUCUAUAAAUUUCAACCACCCGAUUUCACUUCUAAAUGGAGAUCUCAUCAGUGAAAUGGAUUUCUGAUUGGGAAAUUGAAGAUGCUUCGCCGUUUAUGGAUGAAUUUAAGAUAGACCCAUUUGAGUUUUCGUUAGAUGCGUUGCAAUUUGAUGACUUGUAUGAGUUGCCGGUUCCGCCAUAUGCGGUGGAGGAAAAGCCUGCGAAGCAGGUGAAGGUGGAGAAGGAGGAGGAGGAGGAGGAGCAGGCGGGGGCCGGGGGGAUAAAUAAAUGUAAGACGACAUUUGUUGGGAAUAAUUAUAAGGGCCGUGAUUCGUCAUUAUCGUCUUCUUCCCGAAUAAUUAGCUUUGAGAACAAUUGGAAUCAUGAAUCAGUAAAUAAUUGGAAUUCUAAUAAUGGGAAGAGAAGUUGUUCAAUGAAUAGAAAUGCAAUGAACGGUAGAGAACAUGUGAUAGCUGAGAGAAAGCGUAGGGAGAAGCUUAGCCAAAGAUUCAUUGCUCUUUCAGCUCUAAUCCCUGGUCUUAGCAAGGUAGACAAAGCUUCAAUAUUGGGAGGAGCCAUAAGACAUGUAAAAGAGCUUCAAGAGCGUUUGAAAGGGGUGGAGGAACAAACUACUUCCAAAACGUCGGAGCCACAAGUACCAGUGGUGUGUGUGAAGAGAACCACCCUGCAGCCUUCCUCAUCCGACGAUGACACGUCAUCAUCGGACGAGAACAGUUUUUCCGGCAGACUAAGAAGUACACCUGAGAUAGAAGCAAGAUUCUUAAACAAAGAUGUUCUGAUCAGAAUUCACUGCCACAAACGCAAAGGCUGUCUCUCUUAUUUGCUCAACAAAAUCCAGAGCCUCAAUAAUCUCACAAUCCUCAACACUUGUGCUUUGCCAUUUUCCCACUCCAACCUCGAUAUUACCAUUGUUGCUCAGAUGGAUGUUGGUUUUCAUAUGACAGUGGAAGAUGUUGUAAAGAAUCUGAGACAGGCUUUGCUGGACUUCAACUAAAACUUUACCAAAGAAUACAGCAAGCACCUUUUUUUUCUUUGUCAAAAAAAAAAAUAAGUAAGUAACAUUUUAUUCAUCUUUUUUCAAGAAAAUUAAGAAAAGCCUGUAAAUUAUAAUGUAAUAAAGAAAAACAACCCAUUUCAGAGCGGGUAAAAAGAUUUUUUAUUUUUAAUUUUUUUUUUUUUGUAGAGGUUUUGACUUUUCUUUGCCUCACCUUUUUCUUCUAUAUUCUUUUUUAACCUCGGUUAAAAAUGGGAUUUUUUUGCAGGCUGUUUUCUUUUUCUCUUGCUAGCUAGGGUUUUUUUUAGCCUUUAGACUUGGUUUUUGUAAUGUAGAAGAAACUCGGAUUUUUAUGUUUUAAUAAUAAUUAAAUUCUAUC